GUGGAUCGCAACAGCACCGCGUUCUUGAUGCACGACCUCUCGGGCCUGGCGUUAGACCACGGAGUGCGCUACGAUCUGCUGGACGUCGCCAACCUCGGCUCUUUCGAGGUCAUCAGCAGAAUGUAUCAGUUCGGUGAAGAGACUACAGGCCCCCUGCAGGUGGAGGGCCUGGGGCACCACCCGGGCCGCGACCGCGCAGGUGGUCUGAAGCGCGGGGUAGCUCUGCACCCUGUCCUCGCAAAACACGCGACAGAUAUGCAGCGCAAAGAGACGGAAGUGCUGAAGCAGCGUCGCAGGGCGAGAGAGGAUGCCGCUGCCCUCAAAGCGAAGGGCGGCGGCAAGAAUGAUGCCUCGAGGCGGGUGGCGGCUUGCCCCCGCUGGCUGCGCCCCCGCCGCUGCCGCGACGUGAAGGUUCUUUCUCGCAAGGUACUGCUGAAAAACAAGGCGAGGAUCGCCAGUGGGCGGAUGGAACGCCUCCUGGGACAUUUCACGUUCAUCGCCCUCCUGAGGCGCGAGCUCUUGUGCUCCCUGAGGGCAUGUCACGGUUUCGUGUCGGCCGAGUUUACGGAGCCCCGGUCCUUGUUGUCCAGUGUUGAGCGCGAGUUGAAGAUGGCGCAAGGUCUGUUGAUUUCUGUUCGGAGGCACUUGGGGUCUGCUCGGGAUUCGAGGGCGACCGCUUUCGACGCCUGCGAGGGCGGGCACGCGACGGCGGAGAGCUCCGCCAAUGCAGAGCAAAUUCGGCAGAUCGGUGUCUGGCACGA